AUGAUCACUAGAUCUCGACGGAGCAACCGCAACGAAGAGCUUUUGAUCCUGUCCAACGCAGAACUUGCAAGAGCAGAACGAGCAAACAGACAACGAAGGCCGAAUCCAGCCGACAUGGGCGAUAACGGCAACCCGAACAUGGCUGCUCAGUUGCAGCAGCUUCAGCAGCAGAUCGAGCAGAUGCGGAAGGCUCAACAAGAUCGAGAACCGCAACCUCGUCCUGCUAUUGGAGACAAGGACAAUCCGCACACCUUUCUAUCAAAACCGUCAAGGAUCACAUCUUCCAUGGACUUCCUGCUGAGAUUCCCUGCGGACCAUAUCCAGAACUUUGAGGAGAUAUGCAGCACGACUGGUUCGAAUGGAGUACCGGCUGACUUUCUGAAGUGCAAGCUAUUCCCGUUCUCACUUGCCAACAAAGCAUCUCGCUGGCUGAAGUCAUUACCACCUGGUUCUUUGACUUCAUGGGACCAAGUUAGAGCAGCUUUCCUGGACCACUUCUACACGAAGUCCAAGAAUGCAGCUCUAAGGACGAAGAUCGCAUCUUUCCAGCAGUAUGAUGGAGAAGCUUUCUGUGAAGCAUGGGAGAGAUACAAGGAGUGCCGAAGAGAGUGUCCUCAUCACGGAUACUCUGACGAGCAGAUACUGAGCAUCUUCUACGAUGGAGUCAACUGGGACUACAGGAAUGCUUUGAACGCAGCCAGUAAUGGCGAUUUCAUGACGAAGUCCAAGGAGGGUGCAUUCGAGCUGAUCGAGAAUCUUGCAGCGAGCUCGAGCAACAAGAACGCUGAGUACGACAGAACAGUGAGCACUGUAUCUGUCAAAGGAAGCAGUGCUGACGCGAAGAAGAUUGAGGAGCUCACUGCGAAGGUGAAUCUAUUGAUGAAGGCGCAGCAGAAGUCUGUUCAUUUUGUUGACGAGAACGAUGAUGCACCUAUCUCUCAAGAGUUUGGAGGAGAGAGGACGACGAUGAUCAGAUGGAGGUCAACUAUGUGA